AUGAAUAGCAUAGACUGCGAGCGUUUGGACAGCUUGGACGGCUGGGUCGCCAUCAAAACUAACAUAUUCGAAGAAAGCGAGACGUUCAAGCUCGGUUUUAUCGUGCAGUGGAAUGUUAUCGAGUCCAAGUUCGCUGUCACCUGUCACAACAGAACUCUCCAACGACAGAAGCGCAAAGACCAGCUUGCUGUCUGCGAAACCGAAACCAGCUGGGCCGGACUCUUCUCUGUUAACGAUUUAGAAAAUGUCCACCGUCAGUUUACAGGGGUCGGGGAUGUCGUCGCACCCUAUUUCCCCGACCUGUCAGAUUUCAAGGAGGGUAACAUUUGGGACAUGAUCUUUCUCAGCAGCAAUCGGAAGUCCAACCAAGAUGACCAAGAGAGAGAUCUGGAUACACCUUGCCGUCAGCUGGAGAAGUACUUCAGCACUGCGAUAGAUAUCUGUGGCAGGAAGAUAGUGCUGGACUCGCUUUUCCCGCAGGACGAGCGAGAUGUGGAGGAGUACUUUGAGAACAUGCAGGAGUUUAAGAGGAAAACCAUGCAGGAUGAAGUCACCAGGGCUAAGGAUCACCUUAGAAAGGUUUGUGCUCUAUACAAGCUGUGGUCUGUCACUGUUCUUCUAUCCUGGUCCGGCCACAUGGUUUGCAUAACUUUUGUUCCAGCCCAACACUAACCAAUCACUAGGCCUACGCCCUUGAUCAUUUGAAUCAGGAGUAGGCUACAUUGCUGGGCUGGAACAAAAGCCUGCGGUCUCAGGGGGUCCCCCACGAUCAGGAUUGAGGCAUACCGUCUCCUUACCGAUGCCAGCACUAUCCAGUAAUCAAGUCCCUGUGAGUAAACCCGAAACAUUUCUGUCCAACAUUAGGCAUUUAAAUCCCCUCAUGACGUUGGGAUAGACAGCGUCAUCCACCUGGUUCACAUAGGGGUUUUAAUAAAGAUGCAGUGUCAUUGUCAUCACUAUUGUUGCGCAAUAUGACAACACGUGAGAAGGAAAACAUUACCAAGCCUGCUCCUAGCCGGCUGAUAAUCCAGUCCUGCUUCAUUCCAGUGACUCAUGUUGUUAUCACCCUGCAAGGUGUUCUCCCCUAAGGUCUUGGCUAGAAACAGGGAGAUUAGCCUGUCAUUCAUUCUCUGUUUCUAUGUUGACAGUAGUUUUAGGAUGUUGAUAGCCUAUUUAUUUAGCUAUGCAGGUCUAGCGCCUUUACGUAAACCCAAUGAAACUAUGCAUUAGAGCCCUACCGAUAUGGUUUUUGGGUCCGAUACCGUAGCCUACUGUUUUACAGUAGGGCAAUUAAAAAGUGGCAUUUUUCCACACUGAAUUCUCAUAAAUUGCCAUCCAAUUCGACUUUUGCUUUCAAAAGUAUCUCAGUAGAACAUGUAAGAAUGAACAAUAGCCAUUGAAUUCUACAGUGCUGAUAUACUGUGCAUUAUAGGGAAAUAAUGCACGUUCUAGAAUGCUCUUCAAGCCAAACAGAAACAAGUAUUCAACAAUGCCAUGGUAUAAACUGUGUUAAUGCAGAUAGGCUUUAUAAAGACGUUUAAACGGCAGAUACAUGACUUUCUCUCUCCCUAUUGUCUGUCUGUACCACUAGCACAAGGACAACCCUAUGCAUGGAUAUACAGUGCCUUGCAAAUGUAUUAAUCCCCCUUGGCGUUUUUCCUAUUUUGUUGCAUUACAACCUGUAAUUUAAAUGGAUUUUUAUUUGGAUUUCAUGUAAUGGACAUACACAAAAUAGUCCAAAUUGGUGAAGUGAAAUUUAAAAAAGAACAAAUAAAUAACUGAAAAUUGGUGCGGGCAUAUGUAUUCACCCCCUUUGCUAUGAAGCCCCUAAAUAAGAUCUGGUGCAACCAAUUACCUUCAGAAGUCACAUAAUUAGUUAAAUAAAGUCCACCUGUGUGCAAUCUAAGUGUCACAUGAUCUGCCACAUGAUCUCAGUAUAUAUACACCUGUUCUGAAAGGCUCCAGAGUCUGCAACACCACUAAGCAAGGGGCACCACCAAGCAAGCGGCACCAUGAAGACCAAGGAGCUCUCCAAACAGGUCAGGGACAAAGUUGUGGAGAAGUACAGAUCAGGUUUGGGUUAUAAAAAAAUAUCAGAAACUUUGAACAUCCCACAGAGCACCAUUCAAUCCAUUAUAAAAAAAUUAAUAUUUAAUAAUAUGGCACCACAACAAACCUGCCAAGAGAGGGCCGCCCACCAAAACUCACGGACCAGGCAAGGAGGGCAUUUAAUCAGAGAGGCAACAAAGAAACCAAAGAUAACCCUGAAGGAGCUGCAAAGCUCCACAGCGGAGAUUGGAGUAUCUGUCCAUAGGACCACUUUAAGCCAUACACUCCACAGAGCUGGGCUUUACGGAAGAGAGGCCAGAAAAAAGCCAUUGCUUAAAGAAAAAAAUAAGCAAACACGUUUGGUGUUGAGACGGAUGAGUCAGAUGAGACUAAAAUUUAGCUUUUUGGCCAUCAAGGAAAACGCUAUGUCUGGCGCAAACCAACACCUCUCAUUACCCCGAGAACACCAUCCCCACAGUGAAGCAUGGUGGUGGCAGCAUCAUGCUGUGGGGAUGUUUUUCAUCUGCAGGGACUGGGAAACUGGUCAGAAUUGAAGGAAUGAUGGAUGGCGCUAAAUACAGGGAAAUUCUUGAGGGGAAACCUGUUUCAGUCUUCCAGAGAUUUGAGACUGGGACGGAGGUUCACCUUCCAGCAGAACAAUGACUCUAAGCAUACUGCUAAAGCAACACUCAAGUGGUUUUAGGGGAAAUAUUUAAAUGUCUUGGAAUGGCCUAGUCAAAAGGCCAGACCUCAAUCCAAUUGAGAAUCUGUGAUAUGACUUAAAGAUUGCUGUACACCAGCGGAACCCAUCCAACUUGAAAGAGCUGGAGCAGUUUUGCCUUGAAGAAUGUGCAAAAAUCCCAGUGGCUAGAUGUGCCAAGCUUAUAGAGACAUACCCCAAGAGACUUGCAGCUGUAAUUGCUGCAAAAGGUGGCUCUACAAAAUAUUGACUUUGGGGGGGUGAAUAGUUAUGCACGCUCAAGUUUUCUGUUUUUCUGUCUUAUUUCUUGUUUGUUUCACAAGAAAAAAUAUUUUGCAUCUUCAAAGUGGUAGGCAUGUUGUGUAAAUCAAAUGAUACAGACACCCAAAAAAUCCAUUUUAAUUCCAGGUUGUAAGGCAACAAAAUAGGAAAAAUGCCAAGGGGGGUGAAUACUUUCGCAAGCCACUGUAGACCUAUACUGUGUUUAUAUACACAACAAAAUAAUAACACAUAUAAAAGAUGUUUCAAAGGCAGAUAAAUGAAUUCUUCUCUCCUUAUUCCCUGUACCAUGCUGCUCUAAUCCUGGGGGUGUGAGGUGAGCACUGAGGCUGGAUUAGCUUGGAGAGAGAGUGUAGAUGUUGAAGAGGGGGAGAGAGAGAGAGAGAGAGAGAGAGAGAAUUAUCUGAGAGACAAAGCAAGAAGGGCUUUCUAUGCCAUCAAAAGGAACAUAAAAUUUGAUCUGUCUAAAAAUACUUGAAUCAUUUCUAGAACCCAUUGCCCUUUAUGGUUGUGAGGUCUGGGAUCCGCUCACCAACCAAGAAUUCACAAAAUGGGACAACCACCAAAUUGAGACUCUGCACGCAGAAUUCUGCAAGAACAUCCUUUGUGUACAACGAAAAACACCAAAUAAUGCAUGCAGAGCAGAAUUAGGCUGAUUAUCAAAAUCCAGAAAAGAGCCGUUAAAUUCUACAAACACCUAAAAGGAAGCGAUUCCAAACCUUCCAUAACAAAGCCAUCACCUACAGAGAGAUGAACCUGGAGAAGAGUCCCCUAAGCAAGCUGAUCCUGGGGCUCUGUUCACAAACACAAACAGACCCCACAGAGCCCCAGGACAGCAACACAAUUAGACCCAACCAAAUCAUUAGAAAACAAAAAGAGAAUUACUUGACACAUUGUAAAUAAAAAACAUUUAAACAGCGCAAACUAGGAUGCUCCUUGGCCCUAAACAGAGAGUACACAGUGGCAGAAUAUCUGACCACUGUGACUGACCCAAACUUAAGGAAAGCUGAGCUGCACUUCCUAACCUCCUGCCAAAUGUAUGACCAUAUUAGAGACACAUAUUUCUCUCAGAUUACACAGACCCACAAAGAAUUAGAAAACAAAUCCAAUUUUGAUCAACUCCCUUAUCUACUGGGUGAAAUACCAGUGUGCCAUCACAGCAGCAAGAUGUGUGACCUGUUGCCACAAAAGGGCAACCAGUGAAGAACAAACACCAUUGUAAAUACAACCCAUAUUUGUUUAUUUAUUUUCCCUUUUGUACUUUAACUAUUUGCACAUCGUUAUAACACUGUACAUAGCCAUAAUAUGACAUUUGAAAUGUCUCUAUUCCUUUCAAACUUUUGUGAGUGUAAUGUUUACUGUUCAUUUGUUAUUGUUUAUUUAAGUUUAGUUUAUUAUCUAUUUGACUUGGCCAUGUAAAUAUAUGUUUGUCAUGCCAAUAAAGCCCCUUGCAUUGAAUUGAGAGAAUGAGACAGGGAGUGUUGGAGAAGAUUGGCCUCCCAAUGAGAGAGAGAGAGAGACCGAGAGACCCAGAGAGAGAGAGAGACCGAGAGACCCCGAGAGAGACCCCGAGAGACAGAGAGAGAGAGACAGAGACAGAGAGAGAGACCCAGAGAGAGAGCGAGACCGAGAGACCCCGAGAGAGAGACCCCGAGAGACCCCGAGAGAGACCGAGAGACCCCGAGAGAGACAGAGAGAGGGACAGAGAGAGAGACAGAGAGAGAGAGAGAGAGAGAGAGAGACCGAGAGAGAGUGUAAUGUUUACUGUUAAUAUUUAUUGUUUAUUUCACUUUUGUUUACUAUCUACUUCACUUGCUUUAGCAAUGUUAACACACGUUUCCCAUGCCAAUAAAGCCCUUAAAUUGAAUUGAAUUGAAUUGAAUUGAGAGACCGAGAGAGAGAGAGACAGAGAGAGAGAGAGAGAGACCGAGAGAGAGAGAGAGACCGAGAGAGAGAGAGAACGAGAGACCCCGAGAGAGAGAGACCCCGAGAGAGAGAGACCCCGAGAGAGAGAGAGAGAGAGACCCCGAGAGAGAGAGAGAGACCCCGAGAAGAGAUAGAGACCGAGAAGAGAGACCGAGAGAGAGACAUGAGAAGAGAGAGGGCCGAGAGAGAGAGAGACCGAGAAGAGAGAGAGAGAGAGAGGCCGAGAGACCCCGAGAGAGACCGAGAGACCCCGAGAGAGACAGAGAGAGAGAGACAGAGAGAGAGAGAGAGACAGAGAGAGACAGAGAGAGAGAGACCGAGAGAGAGAGUGUAAUGUUUACUGUUAAUAUUUAUUGUUUAUUUCACUUUUGUUUACUAUCUACUUCACUUGCUUUGGCAAUGUUAACACACGUUUCCCAUGCCAAAAAAGCCCUUAAAUUGAAUUGAAUUGAAUUGAGAGACCGAGAGAGAGAGAGAGACCGAGAGAGAGAGAGAGAGAAACGAGAGACCCCAAGAGAGAGAGCCCCCGAGAGAGGACGAGAAGAGACGAGAAAACAGAGAAACGAGAGAGGAAGAGACAGAGAGAGAGACAGAGAGACCGAGAAAGAGAGAGAUAGAGAGAGAGAGAGACAAGAGAGAGAGAGACAGAGAGAGAAGAGGACCAGAGAGAUGAGGAGAGAGACGAGAGAGAGACGAGAGAGACGAGAGAGAGAGAGAGAGAGACGCGAAGAGAUAGAGACCGAGAGAGAAGAGAAGAGAGAGACCGAGAAGAGAGAGACCAGAGAGAGAACGAGAUAGCCGGAGAGAGAAGACCGAGAGACGAAGAGAACCGAGAGAGACCGAGAGAGCCGAGAGACAGAGAGAGACCGAAGAGACCGAGAGAGACCGAGAGACAGAGAGACCGAAGAGACAGAGAGAGACCGAGAGACAGAGAGAGUCCGAGAGACAGAGAGAGACCGAGAGACACGAGAGAGACCGAGCACGAAGAGAGACCGAGACAGAGACAGAGGAGGAGAGAGACCAGAUAAGAAAACAGAACGCCGAUGAGAUAACCGAGAGACUGAGACAAGAAGAGACAGUAAAGUAUCCAAAAAUGACAGAGAAACCGAGAGAGAGAGAGGAGAGAGAGACAGAGAGAGAGAGAGAGAGAGAGAGAGAGAGAGAGAGAGAGACCAUGUGGAUAAUAGAGAAAAAGGGAGAGUGUAUCUCACUGUGGCAGGUCAGGAACAAAGACACAAUCAAGCUGAGACCCCUUUUAUAACAUCUGAGUUGUUUGGAUUCUAAAUCUGACUUGUUGACCAAUAGAAUUACUGUAAAGUUAACCUCCAAUCAGAUAUCAGACCUACAGGAUGUAAACAGGACCCCGUGUAGCUCAGUUGGGUUGUGGGUUCGAUUCCCACGGGGGGCCAGUAUGAAGAAAAAAAAAUGUAUGCACUCACUAACUGUAAGUCGCUCUGGAUAAGAGUGUCUGCUAAGUGACUAAAAUUGAAAUCAAAUCAAAUGUAUUGGUCACAUACACAUGGUUAGCAGAUGUUAUUGUGAGUGUAGCGAAAUGCUUGUGCUUCUAGUUCCGACAGUGCAGCAAUAUCUAGCAAGUAACAUCUAACAGUUCCACAAAUCUAAGUUAAGGAAUGGAAUAAGAAUAUAUAAAUAUAUAGAUGAGCAAUGUCAUUAUCAGAGUGGCAUAGGCUAAGAUGCAAUAGAUAGUAUAGAAUACAGUAAAUACAUAUGGAUAGAAUAGAAUACAGUAUAUACAUAUGAGAUGGGUAAUGCAAGAUAUGUAAACAUUAUUAAGGUGACUAGUGUUCCAUUUAUUAAAGUUGCCAGUGAUUUUCAAGUCUGUAUGUAGGCAGCAGCCUCUCUGUGCUAGUGAUGGCUGUUUAACAGUCUGAUGGCCUUGAGAUAGAAGCUGUUUUUCAAUUUCUCGGUCCAAGCUUUGAUGCACCUGUACUGACCUCGCCUUCUGGAUGAUAGCGGGGUGAACAGGCAGUGGCUCGGGUGAUAGUUGUCCUUGAUUAUCUUUUUGGCCUUCCUGUGACAUCGGGUGCUGUAGCUGUCCUGGAGGGUGGGUAGUUUGCCCCCGGUAAUGAGUUGUGCAUACUGCACCACCCUCUGGAGAGCCCUGCGGUUGUGGGCAGUGCAGUUGCCAUACCAGGCGGUGAUACAGCCCGACGGGAUAAAUAAUAAUAUAAUAAUAAUAUGCCAUUUAGCAGACGCUUUUAUCCAAAGCGACUUACAGUCAUGUGUGCAUACAUUUUUGUGUAUGGGUGGUCCCGGGGAUCGAACCCACUACCCUGGCGUUACAAGCGCCAAGCUCUACCAAUUGAGCUACAGAGGACCACAUGGGAUGCUCUCAAUUGUGCCGGAUGCUCUCAAUUGUGCUUCACAGAGAGGUUUGAUAGAAUUUGGAUGGUUGAUAGCAGCACAGAGAAGGCUGACUUCCUGAGAAGACAAUACAACCUUUUACAUAGUGUAAAGAGUCUCUUCAGGGGCUGUGCAGCCCUAGAUAAUUCUCCUUUGAACAUCUGAUUCUGGAUCAGACGGAACCGGACGGCCAGCACUGUAGUCACUGCAGACAAUCUUCAGACCAGCAGUUCAUGGUCCUAGCAGCACCACUUCAGGAGUGGGUAGCAUUGUCUUCUGCUUUAGACAUGCAAAUGUCCUUCGGUAACACCUUCCUGCAAGCAAGCUAGAAAGGAAUGCUCCAUUCUUCUUUGUAAGAGCAAAACACAGAGACUGGAGGUACACCAAGACAUCACAGAUUCAUUCAACAUUUCAAUGAACAUCAAAUAGUCUGUUUAUCUGAUUGGGUUGGUCAAUAGCAACUUCAGAUGUGGUUUUAUAAAGUCAAAAGAUGAUCAGAGCUCACUGCAUCAUAAAAUACAGUAUAUUUGAAAUUAAAACUCUCCAAAACUCCUCCCUUUGAGAGGAAAUUGAUUUUCCCUGAAAAUGAGAACAAAAUAACCAUAAUCUCGAAACAAUUUUUGAAAUUAAAUCAAAAACUACUUUCAAACAACUCAAAAUAUAAAUAAAAUGAUAAGAGUUGGUUUCACAAUAAAUUUGGAAAUGAAGUGUAGCAUCCCAACAUUAGGCAGUGACAUCAUAGUACACACAUCUACAUUUACAUUUUAGUCAUUUAGCAGACGCUCUUAUCCAGAGCGAUUUACAGGAGCAAUUAGGGUUAAGUGCACAUCAACAGAUUUUUCACCUAGUCGGCUCUGGGAUUAGAACCAGCGACCUUUCGGUUACUGGCACAGCGCUCUAAGCUAAGCUAUCUGCCGCCCAUAUACAGUGGGGAGAACAAGUAUUUGAUACACUGCCGAUUUUGCAGGUUUUCCUACUUACAAAGCAUGUAGAGGUCUGUAAUUUUUAUCAUAGGUACACUUCAACUGUGAGAGACGGAAUCUAAAACAAAAAUCCGAAAAUCACAUUGUAUGAUUUUUAAGUAAUUAAUUUGCAUUUUAUUGCAUGACAUAAGUAUUUGAUCACCUACCAACCAGUAAGAAUUCCGGCUCUCACAGAACUGUUAGUUUUUCUUUAAGAAGCCCUCAUGUUCUCCACUCAUUACCUGUAUUAACUGCACCUGUUUGAACUCGUUACCUGUAUAAAAGACACCUGUCCACACACUCAAUCAAACAGACUCCAACCUCUCCACAAUGGCCAAGACCAGAGAGCUGUGUAAGGACAUCAGGGAUAAAAUUGUAGACCUGCACAAGGCUGGGAUGGGCUACAGGACAAUAGGCAAGCAGCUUGGUGAGAAGGCAACAACUGUUGGUGCAAUUAUUAGAAAAUGGAAGAAGUUCAAGAUGAGGGUCAAUCAUCCUCGGUCUGGGGCUCCAUGCAAGAUCUCACCUCGUGGGGCAUCAAUGAUGAUGAGGAAGGUGAGGGAUCAGCCCAGAACUACACGGCAGGACCUGGUCAAUGACCUGAAGAGAGCUGGGACCACAGUCUCAAAGAAAACCAUUAGUAAAACACUACGCCGUCAUGGAUUAAAAUCCUGCAGCGCACGCAAGGUCUCCCUGCUCAAGCCAGCGCAUGUCCAGGACCAUCUGAAGUUUACCAAUGACCAUCUGGAUGAUCCAGAGGAGGAAUGGGAGAAGGUCAUGUGGUCUGAUGAGAUAAAAAAUAUAGCUUUUUGGUCUAGACUCCACUCGCCGUGUUUGGAGGAAGAAGAAGGAUGAGUACAACCCCAAGAACACCCUCCCAACUGUGAAGCAUGGAGGUGGAAACAUCAUUAUUUGGGUUGCUUUUCUGCAAAGGGGACAGGACGACUGCACCGUAUUGAGGGGAGGAUGGAUGGGGCCAUGUAUCGCGAGAUCCUGGCCAACAACCUCCUUCCAUCAGUAAGAGCAUUGAAGAUGGGUCGUGGCUGGGUCUUCCAGCAUGACAACGACCCGAAACACACAGCCAGGGCAACUAAGGAGUGGCUCCGUAAGAAGCAUCUCAAGGUCCUGGAGUGGCCUAGCCAGUCUCCAGACCUGAACCCAAUAGAAAAUCUUUGGAGGGAGCUGAAAGUCCGUAUUGCCCAGCGACAGCCCCGAAACCUGAAGGAUCUGGAGAAGGUCUGUAUGGAGGAGUGGGCCAAAAUCCCUGCUGCAGUGUGUGCAAACCUGGUCAAGACCUACAGGAAAUGUAUGAUCUCUGUAAUUGCAAACAAAGGUUUCUGUACCAAAUAUUAAGUUCUGCUUUUCUGAUGUAUCAAAUACUUAUGUCAUGCAAUAAAAUGCAAAUUCAUUACUUAAAAAUCAUACAAUGUGAUUUUCGGAUUUUUGUUUUAGAUUCCGUCUCUCACAGUUGAAGUGUACCUAUGAUAAAAAUUACAGACUUCUACAUGCUUUGUAAGUAGGAAAACCUGCAAAAUCGGCAGUGUAUCAAAUACUUGUUCUCUCCACUGUACAUACAGAUGGUCUUAGCCAUAUGUAGUACGCAUAGGACAACAACUAUUAUUUGAGGAACAGGAGCCAUUACAUUUUGUCUGGCAAUCUGUACACAUAAAAAAAAAAAAAAAAUCCCAUUCAAAAAUAUAGCCUACAUAGCCGUAACAAGUGGAUAUAGAAACGAUUGAGUUGUAAAGGAAGAAUUGGUUCACACAAGUCAAGUCAAAUAAUCAAUAUCCCAAGUUUUUUUGAGAGAGCUCCAAAUCAUAUGUUGAAAGCAGAACGGAGACAGUCUGCCCCUCCCUAAAUCCCAACGUUUCUGCCAUGUGUGACCGCUUUUCUGACGACUUACAAAAAACCCCUAACUGAGUAGGUCAUUUUGUAGGAGGAUAUCCUCUCUGCCUGGGUUCCAACAGCGCCAGACCGUAUCCCGUUUUUAGAGAAAUCACAACAACGCUUUGUGGGAUUAGCCUCUGUACCCGUCCUAAUAGCUGCAACGGGGGGCUAUUUCGGUAGCUUGGCCCACCCACACAUUAGAGAGUGGCGUGGAGACGCAAGCCACACCGUAGGUGGGACUGACUGUGCGUCCAUCCGAUUCAGACAUGUCGCUUUGGAGCCUGUUUGUGCUCUGUUUUAACAAAUCUCGCUGUGUGUCAUGUAGAAAUGAUCUAGUCAGAUCAUGUAGAAAUGACCUAGUCAGGUCAUGUAGAAAUGACCUAGUCAGAUGAUGCUCUUUUUCGCAUGCUUGAAGUUCUGAUUCCAACCCUUCUAUUUUGUGCUCUGGUGUCCUCAGGGACCUAACAGUGGUAUCAAGCAUGUUCAUUGUAAGUUUGCUGUGUCGCAAUUUGUUUUUCCCAAGUACAAACACAGCAAGCUCUAG